CGUACACUUUAAUUGACGUUUGUAUCUGACGUACUAGAAGUGUUAUUGUCAGUUGUUCAAUGAAGUCGGCGAUAUAAUCUUCUCACCAUGAUGUUCAGUACUUUAGCAGUUUGGUAUAUUUUUCUUAACUGUCCUGUUAUCUCGAUUUUUGCAAAAAGUGUGGGGCACGCAGAAACAGAUUCGUGUCAGAGUUACACAGACCCUGUGUACACAAAUUAUGGCGCACUGCAAGGACUAGUAUCAGAACGUUCACGGAUAUUUUACGGCAUCCCUUAUGCGAUGCCACCGGUUGGGCAAAGGCGUUGGAAGGCUCCAGAAGAACCUCUGUCAAUGGGUGAAAAUACAUUCUUGAGUAUCAGUCAGCCACCGGCAUGUCCGCAAGUUUGUGGAGACCCAAUUGGUACCUGCCCAGAAGUGUUUGAUGAAGAUUGCCUGUAUUUGAACAUAUUCACUCCGCUCAAUGUGAAAGAAUCUGAUAGCCUUCCAGUAAUGAUUUUUAUUCACGGUGGAAACUUCGACCAUGGUGGAGCUGCAACAUUACUUUACGAUGGACAGCAUUUAGCAAACACAACAAAUACAAUAAUGGUGGUGAUUAACUAUAGAGUGGGCGCAUUGGGUUUCUUGGUUGCCGACGGUAUCGAUGAAAGCCUGAAUGGAAACUUUGCCAUUUUAGACCAACGACUUGCAUUUAAGUACGUCCAAGAAAAUAUUGCCGCAUUUGGUGGUGACCCUAAUUCGGUAACAUUAUUCGGUCAAAGUGCUGGAGCACAGUCAAUUGCCAUACAUAUGUCGUCACCAGACAGUGCCAACCUCUUCCAUCGGUCUAUCAUGCAGAGCAAUCCGUUCACACUGCCCUAUCGUGAUCGAGCAAGUGCCGUCGAAAUUGGAGUGCAGUUAGCAGACGUCCUGGGUUGCAUUCCCAGCGAUAUCGAUUGCCUACGUUCUUGUUCAUCUUAUGACAUAUAUGAAGCACAACUGGUGGUGGCAAGUAACGUCGAUUACACAGACCUGCUACAGAAUUUCGAAUACUGGGGUCCCGUAAUCGAUGGCACUGAGAUCGCUAUGCACCCACUCGAAGCAUAUGCACAGAACAGCUUCCAAGACAAGCCAAUGAUUAUAGGAGCUUUAAGUCAGGAUGCGUUGCCAUACGUUUAUCAGUUACUGCCAUUUGAAGUUCCAACAGCUUUGGCAAAUACGAUAUUGUUUGGCCUCUUUGGUGCUAACGCGUUGAAAAUAUCGCUUCUCUAUCCGUUCCAGCUGUUUGGUGGUGAUCAGCGCGACGUUCUGACAGACAUCACUACUGACUUAGUGUUUGCCUGUUCAUCACGAUAUGCAUUACUUAAUGCUCAACAAAACGGACAGUCUGCUGUGUAUAUGUAUGAAUUCGCUCAUGCAGUCUCCUUUGAGGAGGCCUGGGGCCCGGGAAUGUCUUACUGUUAUGGUAAGGUAUGUCAUGGCGGUGAUCUACCCUUCAUAUUUCAAAAUGCUGGAGAAUUGGGCUAUGUAUAUACAACUGAGGAAUUGCUGCUAUCUGAUAGUAUGAUAUACUAUUGGACAAACUUUGCCCAUACAGGGGAUCCGAAUAAAGUUGGGGAGAAAUCCACGUCAAAUUACAAUCCAGAGUUCACAACGUGGCCUGAGUUUACCGUAGAAGAUGGCAUGGCCCAAAUUCGUUUAGUUACACCCAUUAACGAACAGCUAACUGACUAUAAAACAGACAAUUGUGACCUGUUUGAUUCCAUAGGCUAUGAUGUGACAUACGGAUUAGAUAUUGAAAUUGUAAACGAAGUUGAGAGUUCUAAAGUGGGCAAUACAAAAUAAAAUAACAAUUAAAUUAGCGAUUUUUAAUAAUUUUGUAGCGAAUAUAGAAUUCUUUGAAACAAUUUUCAGUAAAACGUCUGCCAACAACAGAGGCAAGAAUUUAAGUUUCUGUAUGGAACUGACAGAGACAAAGUUUAUUGUUAAUAUUAUAAUAAUUUUAAAUAUACUCGUAGGCCUAGGGGAUUUUUAUUUUAUGAUAUACAGUACGAUCAAUUUUAUUUAAGCACUGUUUCUAUCAGUAUCAAAUAUGCUUGCAUUGCAACGCAACACAUCUGAUUUCCUUAUUAAGUUUCAACUACGUUCCGUUUGCGACGCAAACAUAUAAGAUAGUUUCUGGCUUAACCUUUUAAAGGCAUACCGGUAUAUUACUUGCUACGAAAGCAAUAGGUUGCAAGUUAGAACCCUGCCGAGUGAAGUGUUUUUAUUUUAUUUUAUUUUUUUUAUUUAUUUUAAAUAAGCGACAGUGAACUUUUCCAUUAAAGUUCUAUGACUUAAUACGAA